UAUGAAUGUGUGCGUGUGCCGCCAUCGAAAGAAACGGCGUUGACGAAUUUUAAGAAAACAAAGUUGGUCAUCUCUUGUUACAGCGUGAAAAUCCACGGUAAAAUGGGAAUGUUUUACAUUUUUUAAAUAUACUCACUAUACGUACAAAGUUGGGAAAAUAUAAAAGUGGUAAAAAUGUGUUAUUAUUGUUUGUGUAUAUAUUUUUUUCAUGCUCUUUAGCUUUCUUAAGGUUUGAGAGCAGAAGCAUGUUAUUUGCAUCAAUCAUCUGAGCGGCCAGAAACCGACGAAUCCGGUGUAAGCAGAAAAGGAAAAGCCAAACCGAGCACUCAUGCUGAUAUUGUCCAGGUCGAUGGGUAUCACCGGCAUUAGGGACGAUCUUCGAUCAAACAUCUGGCGUAAAGAUCGUCUCUAUAAAAUUUUGCGGAGAACACACCGUGCCUGGCCGCAGAAUACACAGCACUGCCGGUCGGUGGAGUACAUGUGAACAAAUACGACCAAUCGGGACGUUGAUGUUAUUUUUUAUAGAGGCUUUGAAUCUUGGUUUAUAAAAAUCUCAAGGUGCAACAUUUUAAAGUUCGAUCGACUUAUAUAUCUGAUACGGCGUUCGGUUGAUGUUAACAUUAGUCGGUUGAUAAGCAACUUACGUAGUUGUUUGAUUCAGUAAGAUAUUUGUUUGUAACUUUGAACUGAAUUAGCUAUAGCUUUUUGGUAGCUCAAGUGCCACAAUGUCGGGUAAAAGAAUGCGUGAAACAGAACAAAUGUACCAAAUAGUGAAAGCUAAUAUAGGAGUAGAAUUGUUUGUGGAAAGUUCUACUUUUAGACCAAACAAUGUUCAAGCAGCAGCAACGGAUGUAGGUGAGUACAACAUGAAAAAUACGGAAACAUAUUUCAAUGCAAUAUUAAUACACAUCUGUCGCAUUUCAGAUCCUACACAAAUUGGCAACUAUUUUUGUUUGCUUGAUGAAAAUAGGAUGGAAGAAGGACAUCUUAAUGAUGAUCGGCUGAAUAUCGAUGAUUCCGACAACAUCGAGAGCGAUGAUAACAAUUACGAUGACGAUAAUGAAGUAGAUACAUCAUACAGCAUACAGGAGCUCCCGAAUGAAAAUGAGCCAUUUGACGAGGUUAUCCGAAAUUGGGCAUUACGUACAUACCAAUCGCACCAAGCGUUGAACAGCUUAUUAGCAAUUUUACGUUCUAGAACAAGCGAUAAGCUUCCCAAGGAUUCGCGUACAUUGCUGAGAACAAGGCAAAGUGAAAAAGAGAUAGUAGCAAUACCAGGAGGAGAAUUGUGGUAUCCGGGAGUACGAUCGGUUUUGCACCAACAUUUUGGCAAUGCACAACCAAGAGUGAGUUCGUUCUCAUUGAACUUCUUCGUCGAUGGACUUCCUCUGAACAAGAACACACGAAAACAAUUUUGGCCAAUAUUGAUGAGUAUUCAAGAAAUGCCUGAAGUUUCAGUAUUUAUGGUUGGAAAUUUUUAUGGAGCAUCCAAGCCAAAGAGUACAGAGGUAUUUCUUCGGCCACUUGUAAACGAGCUGAACGAGUUGAUGCAGCAUGGUAUUGCGAUAGCCAAUAAGCUUAUCACAGUACGUGUUAGAGCUUUCAUCGCAGACUCUCCUGCACGGGCAUUCAUAAAAGGUGUAGCAUUUCAUAAUAACCCACAUGGAUGCCAAAAAUGUACUGUGGUAGGACAACAUCAUAACGGUACUGAUGUUGUGUAUUUUCCGAGGGUCGAUGCACCUGCAAGAACGGAUGCGGAUUUCCGGGCAUUAAAAUAUGAAGACCAUCAUAGGGAAAAUACACCUCUUGUAGAUCUGCCGUACUUUGACAUCAUUAAAGAUGUCAUUUCAUCGGAUUGCCGGCAUCAGAUAGACUACGGAGUAACCCGAACUUUUGUCAACGGUUUAAAAGCGGGCAAACUAGGAAGACAUCGCAAAUGGUCUGUAGACACAGUAAAUAGAGUUAACGGUUUACUUAAAAAUGUUGAAAUUCCUGCGGAAUUUCACCGCAAGUUUCGAGACAUUGAUGACACUGACUUGUGGCAUGCAAGUGAAUUUAAUAUGUUUUUGCAUUAUGCAAGCUUCGUAGUUUUGAAAUUUAUACUAACAGAAUUGGAGUAUAAGCAUUUUAUGCUGUAUUACUGUUCGAUUAAGCUGUUCUCAAGCAAUGUUUAUCGAGAAUAUUGGCCUGAAGCAGAUCGAAUGCUAAAACAGUUUAUAGUUGAGUACGGCACACUGUAUGGUGUUGAACAUUUAAACAGUAAUAUGCAUAGUUUAGUGCAUAUCUAUGAUGAUGUUUGUAGAUUUGGACCUCUUGAAUCGUUUUCUUCAUAUUUUUUUGAAGGUAAAUUGCAGCAUAUCAAAAAGUCGCUUCGAAACGGUCAUAAGGUUUUGGUGCAAGCUGCCAACAGGAUAUCAGAGCAAACCACACAAUCAUCUAAUUGUAAACAUUUUGCAUUCCCCUACUUAGAAUCCACUCAUAGUGGAGUAACAUUGCACGUUGAUUCUAAUAUUAGUCUCUUUUCAGGGACGGAAGAUAAUUGGUUUUUAACUAAAGAUUUUUACAUUGUCCAAUAUAGUGGAGCACAAAAAGAUGGAUUGACCAUAAACAUUUAUGGAAAAACAUUUAACAAAAUAACAGAAUCUCACACCUUUUAUUAUUCGCACAUGAUGAAAGAUAUAUAUGAGGCAGACAUAUGCGAUCUUUCUCAAGAAGUGAUGAUAUUUCUGACCACAGAUAUUAAGUGUAAAUUAGUAGCUAUUAAAACUAACAAAACUAGUUAUGUUUUUGUACCGUUUAUACAUACAUUAACUGAAUAACUCUUCGUGAGGUAGUCAAGUAAUGAUACUAAAUGGUAAAUUAUAACCUAACAACUUACUGUCGCUGAUGGAAAUUAUGUCCGUUUACAGCCCACAUUCUACGCUUCAAACCAUGUAUCUAGCUUAGGAGGAACGGAUUUAGAUAGGGAUUAGAAGAGUAACAGCAAGAGAACGGUUUCCUCCAUUCGUAUUACAACCGUAUAGAGAGGAAAAAUCAGGAGAUUUAGCUCUCGCAUCUCGAGAUGGAACUUAAGCUUCUUUUUGUGUCUCGUUUGCUAAUGCAAGCACACGCAAAGAACAGCAACGAUAAAUUACAGUAAGUUAUAUGAAUAAACUAAAAAUAUAUAUAAUUGUAGUAUAUAGGAGGCUAAGGAAUUACAUGAAAUAUAACUGCGAUCAAUUUAGGUAAUUAAAGUAAGGGAUGAAAGCCACAAAAUAUUGUUAAAGGUAAGAAGGCUAAAUUCCUGAGGUUCAAACUUGGCUGAUGCUGUUUUUAAUAAGUAACAAACCGAACUGUAAAAAACCAAUUUGAAUAAGAAAAUUAAAUCCCCAGAAAACUAGUUGGUAUUAAU